GCGUCGACCAGUAUGGAGCUUUUCGAGACCAACCCCUACUUCUUCCCCGACCAACGCUUCUACGAAGGGGGGGACAACUUCUACCAGUCCCGCCUGCCGGGCGGGUACGACUAGGGGGGCUACCAGGAGCGCGGGGCCUCCAUGAUGGGGCUGUGAGGGGGUCUGUCCGGGAUGGAGGACAAGACAUCCCCCUCUGGUCUCUCCCCCCACUCUGAGCCCCACUGCCCCGGCCACUGCCUGCCCUGGGCCUGCAAGCUGUGCAAACGCAAGACUGUGACCAUGGACCGACGGAAAGCGGCCACAAUGCGUGAGAAGAGGAGGCUGAAGAAGGUGAACGAGGCAUUCGAAGCCCUGAAGAGGAGCACCCUGAUGAACCCCAACCAGAGGCUGCCCAAGGUGGAGAUCCUGAGGAGUGCCAUCCAGUACAUUGAGAGGCUGCAGGCACUUGUCUCCUCCCUCAACCAGCAGGAGAACGACCAGGGAACACAGGGCUUACACUACCGCACCGGACCUGCCCAACCCAGGGUGUCGUCGUCGAGUGAGCAGGGAUCAGGCAGCACCUGCUGUAGCAGCCCAGAGUGGAGCAACACCUCAGACCACUGUACCCAGAGCUACAGCAACGAGGACCUCCUGAGUGCAGACUCUCCAGAGCAGGCUAACCUGCGCUCUCUGACGUCCAUCGUGGACAGCAUCACAGCAGCAGAGGGGGCUCCGGUGGCCUACCCUGUACCUGUGGACAUUCCCAAAUAA